CAGCAAAGAUACACACAGUACGACAAACAGCCUCCGAUCGAUCAGCACAAACACGAGUAACCUCCAGAGGCUUUAAAUGGUCAGACGGCCGAUCAGACAUCAUUUAGGAAGCAGCCGUCACUCCGCUUCAAACAUCGUUCAGAGAGCAGCCGUCACUCACAGGAUACCAAGAUGGAGCGCCUCGUCUGUCUCGCUUUGAUUUGUGUGGCAUCGACUCUGGCAGAAAUCAUUGUGGACCCCAGAGGAGCUCGUCCAGUGGAGCCCGGCACCAGAGAUGAGAAAUGUGCCUCUCAGAGGGAGUGGCCUUUCUGCUCAGAUGACGAAUGGGGUUUUAAAUGUCUCGGCUGCAGGAUUCAGGGUCUGAUGGAUAAAUCUGACCACGACCUGCUGAAGAAGAUCGAGAAGAUCCGCAGCCUCCUGGAACAAAACAAGGCCAAACACCGUUCUGCAGACACGGCGUCCAAACAGACCUAUGACUACCUGAAGGACAAGCUUAUCAUCGACUCCGGUAACGAUAACAACUACUACAACCUGGCCCAGAGUCUGCGUCAGAGAAUCACAGACAUGAAGAUCAAGAUCGACAGACAGCUGAGUAUCCUGGCCGCCCUGAAAGACCGCGUCAAAGACCAGGUGGUGGAGAUGCAGCGGCUGGAG